AUGAAACACACCGGGGAAGGUUCUUCCUCCAACCACCAACCGGCGGAAGAAGGAAGCCCUCAACAAAACAGCGGCGAUGGGGAGGGGAACGUCCGGCGAGGCCAUGGGCGUGGCCGAUCCCACCCACCCUCCAUGCAACCACGAGCUCUACCGCAGAUGGGUCGUGCAGGCUUCUCUGCCUUCACUCCUUAUAGGCCACUAGGCCCUCCACCACAAGAGAAUUUCCCUGCAGCAUCGUCUGGAGCUGCUGCAGGUGCAAGUCGCAGCGGAAUAAUUGAGGUGGCGCAGGCAGUACCCGUGGCUGUUGGUGGCAGUUCUGGUAGUUCUCCAGCUGCGGUUGGAAGCCAAUUUGGAGACUCCAUAGCCAGAAAGAGGGACAUAGGACACGCAGAGGGCGGAGAAUUCCAGUUCCGAUGCAGUGUUUGCUCUAAAUCCUAUCGGUCUUCCAAAGCUCUCUUUGGUCAUCUACGAUUGCACCCAAAUCGUGGAUGGAAAGGUGCAUUUCCGCCUCCAUCAUUUAGGGCCGAGGAGGACUUCUCCGACGUUCCUAUUCUAAAUCAAAAUGUGGCUGCAGGCGGUGGUCAACAAAUAGUGGAGGGUGUUGCUGAUGAUGGAGGAAAUGCUCCUGCAUCUGCUCAGGGAGGAGAUGGUUCAGCCGCAGUUCAAUAUAAAGUUCCGGACUUGAACUUUUCACCUCUCCCAGACACUGACGAGGAAUGA